AUGCGUCUGCGACUGAAAUUUCUGAACAAAUUUCAUGUUUACGAGACGAGUGUAGCUGAUCCAACAGUCAUCGAGCUUCUGGAGUGCACCUCCAAAAUUUUUGGCUUAAGAAAAGAUAAUGUUCAAAUUAGUUUAAAUGCUAAAGAUUUUUAUGAUUCAAGUGAUUCACAUCCACGUCUGUUGUCUGAACUUGGCGUUGUCAAUGGUGACAUUAUAUACAUUCGUUCAUUGGAAAAGUUAGAUGAUAUUAAAAAGUCAUUAGAAGCUGAAUUAGCUGAUCCCAUAUUUCGAUUAGCAAAUGAAUUGAUUACUUCACAACAGUACUCUUCGAUUUAUUUUCUAGCUAUACCACUUUAUGUAUUUGCAUUUGACAAAGGAUUGAAUAGUGUAGAUAGCAUAAAUGAACAUUAUCAUCAGAGAAGUAUAUCGACAAUUGUCCGAUUGGUAUUCACUUAUCCUCAAGUACCUAACAGAGUGGUAUUCAGUUUAUAUCAGAAUGGAAAUUUAUCUAUUAUUACAGGCAGUGUUCAAUCUCUUCCUGUACGAAAACAGCUUAUUCUACUGACAAAGGAUUAUCUGAUUAAUCAAAGUUUAAUAGACCAAUCCGUUGCCAGUAAAUCAAGUCUUCUAUUUCGAAGAUUACGAUUAUUAGCCGUACGUAUUAAAGAUGAAUUAAUUGAACCUAUACUAUUGGCAUUGCAUUCAGAAUACAAACUCCCACCUAGAAUACAUUUAUGCACACUACCGAAUGAAUUAUUUAGUCAGAUCUUAUCCUGUCUGUCAUUGUCUACACUUGGUUCACUUAUGUUAUGCAAUCAUGAUCUGUACAAUCGUAUACGUGGUUGUAAUACAAUAUGGCGUAUACACUUGGCUAAUUUAGAUGCUAAAAAGAAGCCAAUAUUAGAUGCAGCAUUAAGUCGACAACAAAGACAAUUAAGACAACUUCAAGAACAGCAACAACAACAACAACAACUGCAACAAGAACAACCAGACGAACCAGAUGCUUCAACACUUGUUGGUGAUAAUCAAGAUAACAGGAAUGAAUUAAACAUUCUAGUGAAUAAUGAAGAGAAUUUAUCGAGUUUAAGUAAAGAUUGUCUUAUACCACAGUAUACGUCAUCAUCUAGUUCAACGUUGAAUGAUUCCGAUUCCACGUGGCCUAACAAUCAUGUUCCUCAAUAUGAUGCUUAUGAGCGUUUUCUGGCCCGUCAUAAAAGUCUGUCUAUCCAAAGGCGAAGUUGUGGCAUUAGCCCAAGUAUUACGUAA